ACGAGAUGAAGCUCGAAUUUGGAUGACAUUUGCGUGGACCGUGUUGCCCGUUGCUUGCGUCUGUGAUACUACUACUACUGCUACUACCUAUUGACUAUUACCACUACUACUACUACUACUACUACUACUAUCACAACGGAUAUUACGACUACUACUGUUACGACUACGACUACGACUACGACUACGACGACUACUGCUGCUGCUGCUGCUGCUACUACCACUUGUUAGUGUGUGGCUUGUGCCCCGUAUCAUCUAGCUUCAACCAGUCUAUCCACAAGAAUCGACUCAUCCUUUCUUUGUUCUCGGAAACGACGAAGACGACAACUAGAAGAAGAAGAAGACCUUGCAGGCGAUCGACACCACAUCAACUCACCAACGAGCAAAGGGGGUGAUUCCCCCUUCUUCCGCCUCCCCCCCCCUGGCAUAAGUGACUCCGCUCCCCCAGAUUAUCAAGUCUUACCCCAGACUUGGCACGCCAACGAUCCCCUCGCCCUCCUCCUCCUCCUCCUCCUCCUCCCUCUCCAUCCCCCCCUUUCCCUCAGAUGUUGCGUUGCAACCCAAGGGAAUGGAACUUCGACAUUGAUCGGUUCCUGAACCCCUUCAUCCCGCCUCCGCCAUGGCAACACCUCCCCUACCCCAUCGCUCACUUCUUCGGCCACCGCAGGUCUAAGCCCAGCAACGUCGGCAAUCUCGUUCCCAUCUUCUGGGCCUGCAUCGGCGUCUUCUGCGGCGUCGCCGUCGUCGCCAUCGUCUCGCGCCAGAUUCCCGUCUUCAAGGAGCACGGCGCGCCCAUCAUAGUGGGCAGUUUUGGCGCAGCCGCCGUCUUAGAGUUCUACUCUAUCGAGUCGCCCCUCGCCCAGCCCCGCAACUCAGUCUUCGGCCAGCUCCUCGCCGCCGUCAUUGGCGUCGCCAUCUGCAAGCUGCUCCAGCUGAGUCCACACUUCGAGUCCAUCCGCUGGCUCGGCGGCGCCCUGUCGUGCGCGCUGGCCACCACCGUCAUGGCCCUGACCAAGACCGUCCACCCGCCCGCCGGCGCCACCGCGCUGCUGGCCGUCGUCGACGACGGCGUCGUCCGCCUGGGAUGGAUCCUGGUCCCCAUCGUCAUGCUCGGCUGCGUCCUCAUGCUCAUCGUCGCCCUUGUCAUCAACAACAUCCAGCGCCGCUUCCCGCAGUACUGGUGGUCGCCCGAGGACGUCCGCCUGCACCGCGCGCCCUGGCGCCGGCGGGCCGACGAUGAUAACAAGGACGUGGAAGGCAAGGGGGGAGGGGACGGCAGCUCCGACAAGGCCGAGGCGCGGAGCCGGAGCGAAUCGACGGUGAGGGAGGAUGCCGUGUUGGUCAUGAGGCCCGGGGAAGUGAUUGUUCCGGAAACCAUGUUCAUCACGCCCGAGGAGAAGAUGUUCUUGGAAGAACUGAGUAAUCGACUAUGAGCCGCUUGCUUUCAGAUACAUCAUCUAUGUAGCGUUUGCGAGGUAAAAUCAAAAAGAAGAUAUCCCCUAUUUCGUUUCAGAAGAAUCCGGUUUCUUGUGAAGAAGAAAAAAACCUGAAAUCAUCCCGUCCUAUUCUAUCUUCGUAACUCGAGUAUCCCCUCCCCCCCAUCCACCAAAUUGGUAUAUCUCACUCAUAGGAGGCUUGUCGUAUAUUGCCCCAAAAGCCCUUCCAUUUCCCUUUUCGUCGUAAGAGAGAGAGAAAAAGAAAAGUCAUCUCAUCAUUCUUGUCAGGAUAUGAAAAUCCCGGUUUGACACGGUGCAAAAUCAUUAGCAUCAAAAACGUUCGUCGUCGUUCAUUAACCACAUCAAUUCCCCUCCAUUAUCUCGUGCCGUGAUUUUUUCUCUCUCUUUCAUUCUUUCCCCUUCUGGUCAUGGGGUUCAUGUGGUCAACUGUUUUUUCUUCUUUUUUUCUGUUUCUUUCUU